AUGGAAGAGCAUAGCUUCAUUGCUGCUGAGUUUGGAGGAUCCAACAUAAUUCGACCAGGCAAGCAGGACACAUGCCUUCAGUUACUCAACCUUGUGCUGUUCGUCGCUGUCUCUUUCAGCAUGCUGAUCUACUACCUCCAGGCCAUCGCUAGAUCACUCAAAGUCAACAACAGCCAGCUGAGACUGCAGCUGCAGACCGAGAGGACAGACGACAAGAAGAAAGUAUUUCAGUUAGCUGCAGCGCGUCUGCAGGCACCUGAGGGCAGCGAUAAAAAGCCGGAACAAGAGAGCGACAUUACUAGUAUGGAGUCGUCCGCCCGCUCAGCCUCUCCUCAGCGCCGCAACGGUAGCGUCACCAACUUCGAAUCUCCCGUCCGCAUCGGCAACAGCAUCCGAACCAUAACGCAGUCGGCUUCACGGCCGGACAUCCCUAGAGCCGCCGGAGCGACUCAGAGCCCCUCUGUUCCCGUGCGGCAGAAACACAAAGCAGAGCCUGUGGCCAGUAGGCAUUCUGGGUACUUGGGCAGCACCAAUGGUUCCUGCAGCUCCAAGUCCUACCACAACAUGGCCUACAACCCGUGUGCACGGUAUGCCGAAAACAUCCACUCCGAUCCGCCGUUUCGGAAGACCCUCUGUCCUAUGCGCACCGAGCCCGGCGUAAUCACGGCUCAGAGCUACGCGGGCCGCCGGGCACAUACGACACGCUACGUCAUCGUCAACGAACACGAAGCUCGCAAGAAGCUAAUGCGCUCAAAUACACGCAUACCGAGACAUUACCGCCUCGCGGACGAACCGACAGAGAUCGUAGAGCUUUAUCCACGCAACGUGAAGUGCUACAUUCCUCGUACUCCUCACCGAAGCCACCAGCCACACCUCAGUGAGGAAGAGGAGGAGGAAGAUCCGAAGAGCAGCACGAGGAGGGGGUCGUUCAGACAGUCGAAACGUCCACGACCACUGUCAGAUCUCCAUCAGACCGCGGGAUUCUACAUUGGCGAUACAAUAAACAGUCAGUUGUCUAUGGAGCAGGGUUUAUACGGCGAUGAAGAAGAGGACGAUCAAGAAGAUGACUGGGGAAACGACCCUCAAACAAACAUCCGAGGCCCAGAGUCGGCUCACAGGUAUGGCGAACCAUACAUCAAGCACAAGACCAAGCAUAAAGUGGAGCCGUCGCUGACCGAGUCGGAUUCGGCAUCGCUGGCGUCCAGUAGUGACCAACAAAACAGCAGCACUGACCAAUACAUCCAAGUCAUUCACAACAAAGAGAAGUACCUGAAGUCGAGCGCCAAGCUGACCAAAAAGAAAUCCAAGAACAGCGUUAAACUCAAUGUGUCUGGUACUAAUGAUUUUGUCUGCUCCAACGUUUAA